AUGAAAGAAACAACUCUUGACGACUUAAAAGAGCAGGUUGAAAUUUUGCCCGAAUCUGAACGUGAAAAGAUUAUAAAGAUUUGGUCUCUUUUUUCAGCCUCAACUCCAUCCUGCCGUCAUCUUAUCCUAGAGGGAAUUCUUGCCCAGUGUUGUUUUCCUCAAUUAUCCUUUAUUUCUAACAGGCUUAAAGGCAUUAUUCGUAUUGACUUUAUAGCCGCCCUUCCUAAAGAGCUUUCAAUUCAUGUAUUAUCAUAUCUUGAUGCAAUUUCCUUAUGUCGUGCUGCUCAAGUAUGUAAAUUAUGGAAACGUCUUGCUGAUGAUGAGGUGGUUUGGCAUAAAUUAUGUGAACAACACAUUGAUAAAAAGUGUCAUAAAUGUGGUUGGGGCAUUCCAUCAAUGUUAGAACAAAAUAGAUUAAAAAAGGCUUCAUUAUCUAAUGAAAAUGAUCCUUAUCCUGCUUAUGUAACGACUACUUAUGAAAUUCUUGAAAUAAAACGUGUUCGUAUUUCUGAUGAUAAGAUAUCUGCUUUAUUUGAAGAUUCUUAUUCAUCUACAUGUGAAAGUUCUAUGAGAAGACCUUGGAAAGAAGUUUAUGCUGAACGACAACGAGUUGAAUUCAAUUGGAGAAAAGGUCGUUAUAAUGAUAGGGUCUUAAAAGGUCAUGCUGAUGGUAUAAUGAGUCUCCAAUUAGAUGACCAAAAAAAUCGUCUUAUCACUGGUUCUUAUGAUAAUACUAUUAAAGUUUGGAAUCUUAAUACUGGUGAAGUCGUUCGUACAUUAACUGGCCAUACACGGUGUGUAAGAGCAUUACAAUUCGAUAAUGUAAAACUCAUUACUGGCUCAAUGGAUCACACUUUAAGAGUAUGGAAUUAUCAUACCGGUAAAUGUAUGACGAAGCUUGAAGGGCAUACUGGUGGUGUUCUAUGUCUUCAUUUUGUUGAUUACACUGUUGCAAGUGGCUCCACUGAUACUACCAUAAAGAUCUGGAACUUUUCUACUCACAAAUGUUUUACUCUGAAUGGUCAUAGAGAAUGGGUAAAUAAGGUUUUAAUUUUUCAAAAGACACAACUCCUCUCUUGUUCUGAUGAUCAUACUUUACGGAUUUGGGAUUUGACUUCACAAUCAUGUACUCAAAUUUUUGAUGGUCAUAAUGCUCCGGUUCAAUGUAUUCAACCGACGUAUUUGCGUAUGAGUUCGAAUACAACCUUAACUACUAUUGAUGAUCAACCAUGCAACCGAAAUUCUCGAAAGGAUGAUAAUUUAACUCCUGUUAUAAUAUCAAGUUCCUUAGAUAAUGUGAUUAAAAUUUGGUCCUUACAAACUGGUGAAUGCCUUCGUACCCUAUUCGGUCACGAAGAAGGUGUUUGGUCGUUGGCAGUUGACAAGCUUAGAUUAAUUAGUGGAGCACAAGAUGGUAUAAUAAAGAUUUGGGAUAAGGAUUCAGGAAAUUGUAUGCAUACUUUAAUUGGACAUUGUGGUGCUGUUACAUGUGUUGCAUUGAGUGACACCAAAAUUAUUACAGCAGGCGAUGAUGCAGAUAUUAGAAUCUGGGACUUUGGGGGCCAAUAA